UCUCCUGCAGGCUGGUCGAGGAGAAGCGCGGAGGGAACGCGCGCUGCAGCUCCGUCAUGCUGACUGUCUGAUGUGUGUAUGUGAGUGUGUGUGAGAGUGUGUGAGAGUGAGAUCCGAGCAGCCCAGCAGAUGAUCCCAGUUUCCAUCAUGCAGUCGGUGGAUCUCAGCUGAAAGCUCUGAACGCGUUCCUGUGAGACAGUUCACAGCUCGAGCCUAGAGCUCGAGCCGGAUCGCGUCUGAAGCCGGUUUAUUACAGGUGUGAACGCAAGCGGGGCGGAGAAGCAUGUUGCGCGCGCCAGGGAGCGCAGUGCUUCCCGGAUUGCUGCUCUUCUGGAGCUUCUCGCACACUUUGGACCUGAUUUCUGCUGCCACGACUGUCGAUGCCCCAAAGACGUGCAGCCCAAAGCAGUUUGUGUGUCAGGAUCAGGUGACGUGCAUCUCUAAAGGGUGGAGGUGUGACGGAGAGAAAGACUGUCCUGAUGGAUCUGAUGAAGCUCCAGACGUGUGUCCUCACACACGGGGGUCCCAGUGUCCCCCGAAUGAGCUGCAGUGUGAGGGGACAGAGGUGUGUGUGCACAUGAGCAAGAUGUGUAACGGCGUCUCUGACUGUCCUGAUGGAUCAGACGAAGGGGCGCACUGCAGAGAGUUGAUCUCGAACUGCACACAUGCCGGCUGUCGGGAAAACUGUUCCAUCACACACUCGGGUCCAAAGUGUUACUGCAAAAACGGCUAUGAGAUCAGCGAGGACGGAAAAGCGUGUAAAGACUACGACGAGUGUAUGGUGUACGGGACGUGCAGUCAGACGUGUACGAACACUGAGGGCUCGUAUCUCUGCUCAUGUGUGGAAGGCUACCUGUCUCAGCCUGAUAACCGAUCCUGCAAAGCCAAGAACGUUCCCGUGGAUCGUCUGCCUGUGUUGCUAAUCGCUAACUCUCAGAACAUCCAGGCCACGUCUUUGAGCGGCGCCAGCAGCCCAUCUCUCUACAUCAGCACUAAGCAGACCACAGCCAUGGACUUCCUGUACAGACAGGAAACGGUGUGCUGGAUCCACGUGGGGGACACGCCGGCCGGGACACAGCUGAAAUGCGCCAGAGUCCCAGGACUGAAAACUUUCACUGAUGAGAGAGUGAUUAACAUAUCGCUCAGCUUACACCAUGUGGAACAGAUGGCGAUCGACUGGCUGACGGGAAAUUUUUACUUUGUGGACGACAUGGACGAUCGGAUCUUUGUGUGUGAUAAAGACGGAGUGACGUGUGUGACGCUGCUGGAUCAGGAGCUGUACAACCCCAAAGGAAUCGCCCUGGACCCUACCAUGGGAAAGUUGUUCUUUACGGAUUACGGACAGAUCCCGAAGGUGGAGCGGUGUGACAUGGACGGUCAAAACCGCUCCAAGCUGGUGGACAGUAAGAUCGUGUUCCCUCAUGGAGUCACGCUGGACCUGGUCAGUAAACUGGUGUACUGGGCCGACGCCUACCUGGACUACAUCGAGGUCAUCGACUACGAAGGGAAACACAGACACACCAUCAUCCAGGGGCUACUGAUCGAGCAUCUUUAUGGUCUGACCGUUUUUGAAAAUUAUCUUUACGCCACAAACUCGGACAACGGUAAUGUGCAGCCGAAGACGAGCGUGAUUCGUGUGAACCGCUUCAACAGCUCUGACUAUCAGGUGGUGACUCGCGUGGAUAAGGGCGGGGCUCUGCACGUCUAUCACCAGAGAUGCCAACCUCCAGUGAGGAGUCACGCGUGUGUGAUGGAUCCAAAUGGGAAGCCUGGCGGUUGUUCUGAUAUCUGUUUAUUGGGAAACAGCCACAAGGCGCGAACGUGUCGCUGUCGCUCUGGAUUCAGCCUGGGCAGCGACGGGAAAUCCUGCAAGAAGCCUGAGCAUGAGCUGUUCCUGGUCUACGGGAAAGGCCGCCCUGGUGUGAUCAGAGGGAUGGACAUUAACCCCAAGGUGCAGGAUGAGUACAUGAUCCCCAUAGAGAACCUGAUGAACCCUCGCGCCCUUGACUUCCACGCUCAGAGCAACUUCAUCUACUUCUCCGACGCCACCAGCUACCUAAUCGGUCGACAGAAGAUCGACGGCACAGAGAGAGACACCAUCCUGAAGGAUGGUGUGCACACGGUGGAGGGAAUAGCUGUGGACUGGAUGGCCAACAAUCUGUACUGGACUGACGAUGGCCCGAAGAAGACCAUCAGCGUGGCUCGACUGGAGAAAGCGGCUCAGACGAGGAAAACUCUCAUUGAGGGCAAAAUGACACAUCCACGAGCCAUCGUAGUCGAUCCCAAAAACGGAUGGAUGUACUGGACAGAUUGGGAAGAAGAUCCGAAAGACAGCAAGAGGGGUAAAAUCGAGAGGGCCUGGAUGGACGGAACCAACCGGAACAUUCUCUUAACAUCAAAGACGGUUCUGUGGCCCAACGGUCUGAGUCUAGAUGUACCUCAGGGGAUCCUGUACUGGGUCGACGCGUAUUACGACCGCAUUGAGAUGGUCUACCUCAACAGCACUGAGCGCAAAACGGUGUAUGAGGGACAGGAGCUGAGUCAUGCCUUUGGUCUCUGCCAUUAUAAGAACUUUCUGUUCUGGAACGAGUAUCGUAGCGGGAGCAUCUACAAACUUGACCAGGACACCAAGUCCGUCACGCUUCUUCGCAAUGAGCGUCCACCUAUCUUUGAAAUCCGCAUGUAUGACGCCCAGCAGCAGCAAGGUACGAAUGCGUGUCGAGCGAAUAACGGUGGAUGCAGUAUACUGUGCUUAGCGACGCCGCACGGUCGCACGUGUGCAUGUGCUGAAGAUCAGCUCCUGGAUUCGGCAGAUAACACUAGUUGUAAAGCGAACCCAUCCUAUAUUCCUCCUCCUCAGUGUCAGUCAGGAGAAUUUGCCUGUAAGAAUAAUCGCUGUAUCCAGGACAGGUGGAGGUGCGACGGAGACAACGACUGCCUGGACAACAGCGACGAAGCUCCAGAGCUCUGCCAUCAGCACACGUGUCCCUCUGAUCGCUUCAAAUGUCAGAAUAACCGCUGCAUCCCCAUGCGCUGGCUCUGUGAUGGAGACAACGACUGUGGCAACAACGAGGACGAGUCCAACUCCACAUGCUCAGCUCGGACAUGUCCUGCCAAUCAGUUUUCGUGUGCAAGCGGUCGCUGUAUUCCCAGCUCGUGGACGUGUGACCUGGACGACGACUGCGGCGAUCGCUCGGACGAACCUGCGUCCUGUGCGUAUCCGACGUGCUUCCCCCCGACUCAGUUCACCUGUAACAAUGGACGCUGCAUCAACAUGAACUGGCGCUGCGACAGCGAUAACGAUUGCGGUGAUAACAGCGAUGAAGCGGGCUGCACUCACUCCUGCUCCAGCACGCAGUUUAAAUGCAACAGCGGCCGAUGCAUCCCGGAUUACUGGACCUGCGACGGCGACAACGACUGCAACGACUACAGCGACGAGACCCACGCCAACUGCAGCAACAAUGCGACUCGUCCCCCUGGUGGCUGUCACACAGAUGAGUUUCAGUGUCAGAUGGACAGCCUGUGUAUUCCUCUGCGCUGGCGCUGUGAUGGAGACACCGACUGUGUCGACAUGAGUGACGAGAAAAACUGUGAAGGCGUCACCAACAUCUGCGAUCCCGCUGUCAAAUUCGGCUGCAGAAACUCUGCAAAAUGUAUCAGCAAAGCGUGGAUGUGUGACGGAGACAGUGAUUGUGAGGACAACUCGGAUGAGGAGAACUGUGAAGCACUGGUGUGUAAGCUGUCUCAUCACGUGUGUGUUAAUGACUCAAACAUCUGCCUGCCCCCUGAGAAGCUGUGUGACGGUAGAGGUGACUGCCCCGACGGAUCUGAUGAGAAACUGUGCGAUUUGUGCUCGCUGGACAACGGCGGCUGCAGUCACAACUGUUCCGUGGCUCCAGGAUUGGGAAUCGUGUGUUCCUGCCCUCUCGGGAUGGAGCUUAGUGCCAAUAAUAAAACCUGCCAGAUCCAGGGCUUCUGCGCCAAACACCUGAAGUGCAGCCAGCGCUGUGAGCAGGACAAGUUCAACAUCAAGUGCUCGUGUUAUGAGGGCUGGGAGCUGGAGCCUGACAUGGAGAGCUGCAGGAGCACCGAUCCCUUUAAGCCGUUCAUCAUCUUCUCAAACCGUCAUGAGAUCCGCCGUAUUGAUCUGCACAAGGGAGAGUUUAGCGUUCUCGUACCAGGCCUUCGUAACACCAUCGCUCUCGACUUCCAUCUAAACGAGAGUGCCCUCUACUGGACUGACGUGGUGGAGGACAAAAUCUACCGCGGGAAGCUCUCCGAGAACGGAGCGGCGCUGACAACUUUCGAUGUGGUAAUUCAAUACGGCUUGGCGACACCUGAAGGACUAGCUGUGGAUUGGAUAGCUGGAAACAUUUACUGGGUGGAAAGUAACUUGGAUCAAAUUGAGGUGGCAAAACUGGACGGAACCAUGCGCACUACGCUGCUAGCCGGAGACGUCGAGCACCCACGGGCCAUCGCCCUCGACCCCAGAGAAGGAAUCCUCUUCUGGACUGACUGGGAUGCGAGCAUGCCAAGGAUUGAAGCUGCCUCUAUGAGUGGGUUUGGACGGCGCACUAUCCAUAAGGAAACAGGAAACGGAGGCUGGCCGAACGGCCUCACCGUCGAUUACCUGGAAAGGCGAAUCCUCUGGAUAGAUGCCAGAUCCGAUGCAAUUUACUCAGCCAAGUAUGAUGGUUCCGGCCUGAUCGAGGUUCUCCGUGGACACGAAUACCUGUCGCACCCGUUUGCCGUCACUAUGUAUGGUGGGGAAGUGUACUGGACAGACUGGCGCACGAACACACUCGCCAAAGCCAACAAGUGGACAGGAAGCAACGUCACUGUGGUGCAGAGAACCAACACCCAGCCGUUUGAUCUGCAGGUUUAUCAUCCGUCCAGACAACCACAAGCUCCGAACCCGUGUGCAGCUAACAGCGGUCUCGGCCCAUGUUCUCACCUCUGUCUCAUUAAUUAUAAUCAGACCUUCUCCUGCGCGUGUCCUCACUUAAUGAGGCUGAGUGACGACAAUCACACCUGCUACGAGUCUCGUCAGUUCCUUCUGUACGCUCGUCAGAUCGAAAUCCGCGGCGUGGACAUUUAUAACCCCUAUUAUAACUACAUCAUCUCCUUCACUGUUCCUGAUAUUGAUAACGUGACGGUGGUGGACUACGAUGCGGUGGAGCGCAGGAUCUACUGGUCUGACGUCCGCACGCAAACCAUCAAGAGAGCCUUCAUUAAUGGCACUGGCAUUGAAACGGUUGUCUCUGCAGAUCUGCCGAAUGUGCACGGCCUGGCGGUGGACUGGGUUUCCCGUAACCUGUUUUGGACGAGUUAUGAUGCCAAUAAGAAGCAGAUCAACGUGGCUCGACUGGACGGCUCGUUUAAGAACGCCGUGAUUCAGGGUUUAGACAAACCGCACUGCAUCGUGGUCCAUCCCAUCCUGGGGAAGAUGUACUGGACAGAUGGAGACAACAUCAGCAUGGCCAACAUGGAUGGAACCAACCACACCGUCCUGUUCACCGGCCAGAAGGGACCUGUGGGUUUGUCUCUGGACUUUGAGGACUCGCGGCUGUACUGGGUCAGCGCCGGAAACGGAACCAUCAGCCGCUGCAGACUGGACGGGACUGGACUGGAAGUGCUUGAGGGAGUGAAGGGCAAAUUAAACAAACCCUCGGCUCUGGCCAUCAUGGGCGAUAAGCUGUGGUGGGCGGAUCAAGGGACAGAUCAGAUCGGGACCUGCGACAAGAGAGACGGAGGAAACUGGAAGGUUCUGAGGAACAGCACGGCUCCCAUGAUGCACAUGAAGAUCUACAAUGAGACCGUGCAGAGAGGCUCGAACCUGUGCAGUAACUAUAACGGUGAUUGCUCUCAGCUGUGUUUGCCCACAUCGCCGACCACACGCGCCUGUAUGUGUACCGCUGGAUACAGUCUGAAGAGUGGACAACAGUCCUGCGAGGGUGUGGGGUCGUUCCUCCUUUACUCGGUCCAUGAAGGAAUCAGAGGAAUCCCUCUCGACCCAGCGGAUAAAUCAGACGCUCUGGUGCCGGUGUCAGGAUCGUCCCUCACCGUCGGCAUCGAUUUCCAUGCAGAUAAUGACACUAUUUACUGGGUGGACAUGGGCCUGAGCACCAUCAGCCGAGCGAAAAGAGAUCAGACAUGGAGAGAGGAUAUCAUCACUAAUGGCAUCGGCAGGGUGGAGGGGAUCGCUGUGGACUGGAUCGCAGGGAACAUUUACUGGACUGAUCAGGGCUUCGAUGUGAUCGAGGUGGCUCGACUGAACGGAUCAUAUCGUUACGUCGUUGUCUCACAAGGACUCGACAAACCUCGCGCCAUCGCACUUCAUCCUGAGCGAGGGUAUUUGUUUUGGACAGAGUGGGGUCAGUAUCCUCGAAUAGAGAGAUCUCGUCUGGAUGGUAGUGAGAGAGCAGUCCUGGUUAAUGUGAGCAUUAGCUGGCCCAACGGCAUCUCCAUCGACUAUGAGGAGGGGAUGCUGUACUGGUGCGAUGCUCGCACUGAUAAAAUUGAGAGGAUUGAUCUGGAGACAGGGGAGAAACGCGAGCUUGUGCUGGCCAGCAACAACAUGGACAUGUUCUCUGUGUCUGUGUUCGAGAACUACAUCUACUGGAGUGAUCGGACCCAUUCUAACGGCUCUAUAAAGCGAGGAAGUAAACACAAUGCCACAGACUCAGUCACUCUGAGGACGGGACUCGGAGUUCAGCUCAAAGACAUCAAAGUGUUUAACAGAGCGAGACAGCAAGGGACGAAUGUGUGUAAGGAGAAUAACGGCGGUUGCGCGCAGUUGUGCCUAUACCGCGGGAACAGCGUGCGUUCCUGCGCCUGUGCUCACGGCGCUCUGGAUGAAGAUGGGCGCGGCUGCAGGGAUUACGCCGGAUACCUGCUGUACUCGGAGCGCACCAUCCUGAAGAGCGUGCACAUAUCAGAUGAGAAGAACCUCAAUGCUCCCGUCAAGCCGUUCGAGGACGCGGAUCACAUGAAGAACGUGAUAGCGUUAGCGUUCGAUUACCGUGGUGGUGCCGCUGGGGGGAGGGGAGCUAACCGCAUCUUUUUCAGCGACAUUCACUUCGGGAACAUCCAGCAGAUCAACGACGACGGCUCGGAGCGCAGAAGCGUGGUGGACAAUGUGGGAUCAGUGGAAGGUCUGGCGUAUCACCGAGCCUGGGACACGUUGUACUGGACCAGUUACACCAGCUCCACCAUCACGCGCCACACUGUAGACCAGAACCGCUGGGGGGCCUUCAACCGAGAUGUGGUGGUGACCAUGGCGGGAGACGACCAUCCCCGAGCCUUCGUCCUCGACGAGUGUCAGAAUCUGAUGUUCUGGACGAACUGGAAUGAACAGUCUCCCAGCAUCAUGCGUGCUAAGCUCUCGGGCUCGAACGUCCUGGCCAUUAUCAGGACCGACAUCCGGACCCCGAACGGUCUCGCUAUAGACCACCGCGCUGAGAAGCUGUACUUCACCGACGCCACGCUGGAUAAGAUCGAGCGCUGCGAGUACGACGGCAGCCAUCGCUACGUGAUCCUGAAGAACGAGCCGGUCCACCCGUUCGGUUUGGCGGUAUAUGGUGAUCACAUCUUCUGGACAGAUUGGGUUCGGAGAGCUGUGCUGAGAGCCGGGAAAUACGUAGGAGACGACAUGAAGGUGCUACGUGCCGACAUCCCUCAACAGCCAAUGGGAAUCAUCGCCGUCGCCAACGACACCAAUGGCUGCGAGUUCUCACCCUGCAGGGUGAAUAACGGUGGAUGUGAGGAUCUGUGUUUGUUGACGUCUGAUGGACGAGUGAACUGCAGCUGUAGAGGAGACAGGAAACUGCUGGAGGACAACACUUGCAUUGUUCCCAACACUUCCUGCAGCAGUAUCAAUGAUUUCCAGUGUGUGAACGGAGACUGUAUCGAUUACUCACUCACCUGUGAUGGAACAGCGCACUGCAAAGACAAAUCCGACGAGAAGCAAUCAUUCUGCAAUAACCGAGUGUGUAAGAAGAGUUAUAAGCGGUGUGUGAACAGUCGGUGUGUGAGGCUGGGCUUGUGGUGUAACGGCCAUGAUGAUUGUGGAGAUAACUCAGACGAGGCUUUCUGUAACGCCACCAUGUGUGCUCCUGAUCAGUUUCAGUGCCGGGACGGUCGCUGCAUCUCCAACUCCACUCGCUGUAAUCAGGUGAUCGACUGCGACGACGCCACCGAUGAGAUGAACUGCACAAUGACGGAUUGUUCCAGUUAUUUCCGCCUGGGGGUUAAAGACGCCUCAUUUCAGAGGUGUGAGUUUACUACGCUGUGUUACGUUCCGUCAUGGGUGUGUGACGGAGCCAACGACUGUGGAGACUUUUCAGAUGAAAGCCACUGUCCAGAUCCUUCUGGGGGGAAGAAAAAAUGUCCAUCCAACUUCUUCUCAUGUCCGAGCGGCCGCUGCAUCCCACUAAGCUGGACAUGUGAUAAAGAGAACGACUGUGAGAACGGAGCGGACGAAGUCAACUGCAAUAAGGUGUGUACAGGUUCUCAGUUCGAGUGUGGGAAUCAUCGCUGUAUCUCCAGCAGCUGGCUGUGUGACGGAGCGGAUGAUUGUGGAGACGGGACUGAUGAGGACAGCAGAUGCAAGAAUAAGACGUGCGGUGCAGAUGAGUACCAGUGUCCAGGUUCGCACAAGUGUAUUCAGCAGCGCUGGCUGUGUGACGGAGACAGGGACUGUCCGGACGGAGAAGACGAGAGCACCAAGGCCGGCUGCUUUUUCAGUAACACAUGUGAAGCUAAAGAGUUCAUGUGCCGUAAUAAGGAGUGUAUCCCCAAACAAUUUGUGUGUGACCACGAUAAAGACUGCAGUGAUGGCUCAGACGAGUCCAUCGAGUGCGAGUAUCCCACAUGUAAGCCUAACGAGUUCCGUUGUGCUAACGGACGCUGUCUGAUCCAGAGCUCAUGGCAGUGCGAUGGAGAAUUCGACUGUCACGAUCACUCGGAUGAAGCCCCGAAAAACCCCAACUGCAGCGGCCCAGAGAAGAAGUGUAACGAGACGGCGUACACAUGCGGGAACGGGAACUGCGUGGACGAGGCGCUGCUGUGCGACCGCAGGGACGACUGUGGCGACGGCACCGAUGAGCUCAACUGCUUCGUUAACGAGUGUCUGAACAGCAAACUGAGUAGCUGCAGUCAACUCUGCGAGGACAUGAAGAUCGGCUUUAAGUGCCGCUGUCACACCGGGUUCAGCCUGAAGGACGACGGGAAGACGUGCGCGGACGUGGACGAGUGCUCCAGCACCUUCCCUUGCACGCAGCGCUGCAUCAACACACAUGGCAGCUUCAGGUGCUUGUGUGUGGACGGAUAUCAGCUCAGUCCCACCGACCCCACCGUCUGCAAGUCGACCUCCGAUGAAGAGCCAUUCCUCAUCUUUGCCAACCGCUAUUAUCUCAGGAAGCUCAACCUGGACGGAUCAAACUACACACUUCUAAAGCAGGGCCUGAACAAUGCCGUAGCUCUGGAUUUUGACUACAGGGAGCAGAUGAUUUAUUGGACGGACGUGACCACACAGGGCAGCAUGAUCAGACGCAUGCACCUUAACGGCUCCAACGUCCAGGUCCUCCACCGUACGUUGCUUAGCAACCCUGAUGGCCUGGCGGUUGAUUGGGUGGGAGGGAACCUGUACUGGUGUGAUAAGGGGCGGGAUGUGAUCGAGGUGUCGAAGCUAAACGGUGCGUUCAGGACGGUGCUGAUUAACACGGGGCUGAAAGAACCGAGAGCCAUCGCUGUCGACGUCCGCAACGGGUACCUGUACUGGUCAGACUGGGGAGAUAAUCCUCACAUCGGCCGGAUCGGGAUGGACGGGUCGAACCGCAGCGUGAUCGUGCAGCACAGAAUCACUUGGCCCAACGGACUCACACUCGAUUUCAUUAACGACCGGAUCUACUGGGCCGACGCCCGUGAAGAUUACAUCGAGUUCGCCAACCUGGACGGCACCAACCGGCACACGGUGUUAAGUCUGGACAUUCCUCACAUCUUUGCUAUGACUCUAUUUGAGGAAUUUAUCUACUGGACUGACUGGGAAACAAAAUCCAUCAAUCGAGCCCAUAAAACCCUCGGCACCAAUAAAACCCUCCUGAUCAACACCCUGCACCGGCCCAUGGACAUCCACAUCUACCACCCGCACAGACAGCCCGAGGUGACGGGUCACCCGUGUCAGAAGGAUAACGGCGGCUGCAGUAACCUGUGUCUGCUGUCUCCGGGUGGAGGACACAAGUGUGCCUGUCCCACUAACUUCUACCUGGCAGCUGAUGGGAAGCAGUGUCUCUCUAACUGCACCGCUAGUCAGUUUGUGUGUAAGAACGAUAAGUGUAUCCCGUUCUGGUGGAAGUGUGACACUGAAGACGACUGCGGUGAUCGAUCAGACGAGCCGGCCGAUUGCCCGCCAUUUAAGUGCAGACCGGGCCAGUUCCAGUGCGGGACGGGAAUCUGUACAAACCCGGCCUAUAUCUGUGACGGAGACAACGACUGCCAGGACAGCUCAGACGAGGCGAACUGCGACAUUCACGUGUGUUUGCCCAGCCAGUUCAAGUGCACGAGUCCAAGUCGCUGCAUUCCUGGGAUUUUCCGCUGUAACGGCCAGGAUAACUGUGGAGAGGGAGAGGACGAGAGAGACUGCCCGGAGGUGACGUGUGCUCCGAAUCAGUUCCAGUGCACCAUCACAAAACGCUGCAUUCCCCGCGUGUGGAUGUGUGACCGGGAUAACGACUGUGUGGACGGAUCAGACGAACCCGCCAACUGCACUCAGAUGAUGUGUGGUGAGGACGAGUUCCGCUGUAAGGACUCGGGCCGGUGUAUUCCCGCUCGCUGGAAGUGUGAUGGUGAGGAUGACUGUGGAGAUGCAUCAGAUGAACCUAAAGAGGAGUGUGAUGAGAGGACGUGUGAGCCGUAUCAGUUCCGCUGUAAGAAUAACCGCUGUGUCCCCGGACGCUGGCAGUGCGACUACGACAACGACUGUGGAGAUAACUCGGACGAGGACAAGUGUGUGCCGAGGCAGUGCUCCGAGAGCGAGUUCUCCUGCACUAACGGACGCUGCAUCGCUGGCCGCUGGAAGUGUGACGGAGAUCAUGACUGUGCUGAUGGGUCAGAUGAGGAUGGCUGUGAUGUGAAGUGUAACAGUGAUCAGUUCCAGUGUAAGAACGGUCACUGUGUCCCAUUCCGCUGGAGAUGCGACGCUGAUCCUGACUGCAUGGACGGCAGUGACGAGGAGAACUGCGACAGUGGAGUGGGUCGUCACUGUCCACUGGAUGAGUUUCAGUGUAAUAACACACUCUGUAAGCCGCUCAGCUGGAAGUGUGAUGGAGAGGACGACUGUGGAGACAACUCAGACGAAAACAUGGAGGCGUGCAAGCUCUUCCCGUGCCCCCCGACUCGGCAGUUCCGCUGUCGUAACGAGCGAGUGUGUUUGCCGCUCUAUAAGCAGUGUGACGGAGUGGAUAACUGUGGAGAUAACAGUGACGAGCUGAACUGCCAGACCCCUGUUCCAGUGUGUGAGAAGGACGAGUUCAUCUGCAGUAAUGGGAAGUGUAUCAGCUCCACACUUCGCUGUAAUUACUUUAACGACUGCGAGGACUACGGGUCGGACGAGAUCAACUGUAACAAGAAAGACUCCAAGUUGAACGAGUGCCAUCAGAACAGGAGUGUGUGUGGAGACGGAGAUGAAGCUCACUGUGUAGUGAACGGCACCGACUCCUUCUGCUCCUGCAAACUGGGCUUCCAGAAAACCACUCAGCAGAUCUGCAUUGAUAUAAAUGAGUGUAAGCAGUUCGGUGUGUGCUCUCAGCUCUGUAACAACACUAAAGGCUCGUAUAAAUGCAGCUGUUUCAGACACUUCACUCGCGUCAACAGCAGCUGUAAAGCUGACGCUGGAGGCAGACAGAUCCUGUAUAUUGGUGACGAUAACGAAAUCCGCAGCCUGCAGCCCGAAACCGUGAGCUGGAGCUAUGAGCAGGCGUUCCAGGGUGAUGCCAACGUGCGCAUCGACGCCAUGGACAUGCACGUUAAAUCCGGUCAGAUUUAUUGGACCAACUGGCACACGGGAAAGAUUUCAGUGUUUAAGAUCUCAUCUAGUGGCACGACCUCACCGAACUCCAACCGGAGUCGCAGACAGAGCGACCAGAGAGUCACCAACCUGGAGAUUUCGGGUCUAAAGAUGCCGCGUGGUAUUGCAGUGGAUUGGGUGGCUGGAAACCUGUACUGGACGGAUUCGGGUCGUGAUGUCAUCGAAGUCGCUCAGAUGAACGGACUUUAUCGGAAAACUCUAAUCUCAGGAAUGAUCGACGAGCCGUACGCUAUCGUGGUGGAUCCCAUGCGCGGGACGAUGUACUGGGCUGAUUGGGGAAAUCAUCCCAAAAUUGAAAAAGCUGCGAUGGAUGGCACGAUGAGGGAAACUCUGAUUCAUGAAAACAUCCAGUGGCCGACAGGUCUGGCGGUUGAUUACUUUAACGAGCGUCUUUACUGGGCCGACGCUAAGCUCUCGGUGAUCAGCAGCGUGAGACUGAACGGGUCGGACCGGGUCGUUGCUGUCAACAGCGUCAAAAACAACCUGCACCACCCGUUUAGCAUUGACGUAUUUGAGGACUACAUCUACGGCAUCACCUACCACGAUAGCUUCGUGUUCCGUGUGAAUAAGUUCGGGAAGGGGUCUGUGGAGAACCUGACCACCGGCAUGAACCACGCCACCGACCUGGUGUUGUAUCACACCUACAAACAACCCGAGAUCAUGAACCCAUGUGACAGGAAGAAGUGUGAGUGGUUGUGUUUGCUGAGCCCCAGCGGUCCAGUGUGUACCUGCCCUAAUGGUCACGCCUUAGACAACGGCACCUGUGUGGAGGUCCCUGCACCUACCACUGUGUCUCCAGGGGGAGUUUGUACUCUGCAGUGCCAGAAUGGAGGCAGCUGUGUGUUGAACGCGAGGAAGCAGCAGAAGUGUCGCUGUCAGCCGAACUAUGGAGGAGAAAAGUGUGAGAUUAAUCAGUGUCGGGAAUUCUGUCAGAACGGAGGAACGUGCAUGGCCUCGCCCACAGGUUCUCCAACCUGCCGCUGUCGCCCGGGGUUCACGGGUCCGAACUGUAACCUGCGUACCUGCCAGAACUACUGCCAGAACAGGGGUAACUGCAGUGUGAACAGAGGAAAUCAGCCCAUCUGCAGAUGCCCCGCCCACUUCCUGGGUGAUCAGUGCCAAUACAGAGUGUGUGAUGAGUCAUGUGAUAAUGGCGGGACGUGUGUGAAGGACGGAGACGGAGCUCUUCAGUGUCUCUGUCCUCCUCAGUUUAGCGGCACCAGAUGUGAAGUGGAUAAAUGUCAUUACUGCGCCGGGGGCAGAUGCGUGAACACUAACGCUGCUCAGAGAGACGUCACGUGCCAGUGUCCGAACGGCAAGAAUCAGUCCAGCUGCUACACGUGUGAAGGAUACUGCACUAACGGACAGUGUUCACUUAGUGCUACUAACCGGCCUCAGUGCAAGUGUUCAUCUGGGUGGGAGGGGCUUCAGUGUGAAAACCGCGCUGUCGCCGGCACCAGCGAGCCCGGUAACCGCACAGCGUCCAUUGUCGUUCCUGUGAUUGUUCUGUUGUUACUGGCGCUGCUGCUUGCUGCUGGUUUCCUGUGGUACAGAAAGAGGAUGCGAGGCGCUAAAGGGUUCCAGCACCAGAGAAUGACAAAUGGAGCCAUGAACGUCGAAAUCGGAAAUCCGGCAUAUAAGAUUUACGACGGGGAGCAAGACGAUGACGUGGGAGAACUUCUGGAUUCUGAUUUCACACUCGAUCCAGACAAGACAUUACCUAUAAGUCCCCCUUUAAAAGAGCCCACACAGGAAUCAGAACCGCCAACUAACUUCACGAAUCCAGUCUACUCCUCGCUGUACAUGGGAGCCCAAACCAGCCGUAAUUCUCUGGCGAGUACAGACGAAAAGAAGGAGCUGCUAUCACGAGGAGACGAGGAACCGCUAGUGGAAGUGUUAACAUAGACUCGUUAAUGAUUUUUAUUGUCUGCAUCAUCCUAAAACUCACCCAUUCUGCCUUUUAUGAAAAGAGAAUAGAAAAAGAAAAGCCCCCAGGAGGAGUCAGCUGAUCGGCGUGAACACUAUAAAAUAUACAAGAUGAAGGACUACUUUUGUAUGUGAUGCAGUAUUAUAUUUUGUUACUAUACGAUUUUUUUUUAGAUCAGAACGAAUGGAGAGAAAAAAACCAAUUUUCUACAUUUUGUUUUUAUUCUCAUUCCCACCUUUUACCUUAAUAGCCACUACCUCUGUGCAAAAAAAAAAAUAAUAUUACAAAAGAAGACACAGUAUGAAAUAAAUUGGAACAUUUUUUAUUUUUAUUUUUGUAUGAAAUGUACAGAGAAAGAAUAUUGUUGAAUCUCGGUAUUGCUGAGUUUCUAUAUCAGUAGUGUGUGUGUUCAAGGUCCGAGGCAAGCGUCACAUUAAAGAAAUGUUGAUUGUUCAUACAAACGGAAUAUAACGCGUGCUACAUCAGUUACAUAUUUUUACUGGUUCUCUAUUUUAUUCUGUGCAUCUAAACAUUAAGAACCUUGGGAAUGGUGUGUAUGUUGCGUAAAUGUUGCAGAAGCUUUUAUGCUACCUACGUUAUGGAAAUAUAUAUUUGCAGGACACUGAGUAUUUUUGUUCCAGCCAAUUGCUUACAUUUUAAAGGUAAAUUUAUAAAACAACAGGCUUGAAAAUGGAAAGUUUGUGACAUGUCUAUAUCGAUUUAUUACAGCAAGAACUCAGAAUUCUUUGAAGUGCUUUUGAAGUGUGCCUUUCUCUUUUUUCCUUUUUUGUUUGCUUUUGUUCAGAAUCAUGUUACAUGACCAGAAAAAAUAAUCAGCUUCUCCCGAUUUUAAGCCCAGAACAUAAUCACGUCACUCUCAGAAGUGUUGCUAACUGUAAUUCUUGUAUUUUUUAUUUUUAAUGUGUUUUAUUUAAAAAAAAAUAAUAAUAAAAAUGACUGCUUUUAUAGUGCAGAAUGCUUGAAGGCCCAAACAUAGUUCUGAAAUAAAGUCAUGUAUUUGCUGGAGUUCUUUACAAACUAAAUAACAUUUGAUACAAAUAAAACAUCUUAAACCCUA